GUGUGCCAUUUGGAUAUACUAUAUUAAAAGCGGGUCUUAUUGUCAUCUUUCUUCCUCCCUCAACGUUAGCUGUACUGCUAGCUAGCGUGGUGCUAAUUCAACAUGAAGUAGGCUAACGUUAGGCUAAACGCCACUUCUAGCUUUAGGUAGUAGUAAUCACAUUUUUUUUACAAAUACGAAACACUCAUUUGCUAAUAUUUUAGGAAGGUAUUCAUUAACAAAUGGGGCUCCCAGCUUAUUACUAGCAGAGCCUGGUUAUAUCUUUUCUGGGUGUCAGCUGUGGCCAUGAAGAAAAACAAAGGCAAAGCAGGCAGCACUGCAGAGAAGGAGUUUGUAUUUGAGUUCAGAGCAGGAAAACACAACUGUGUCCUCAAAGUGCCUCUUCAGUUCGCCGUACAAGAGAACAUCAAUGACCUGCAUGGACGACUGAUGCUGCUACAUAAAAUACCAUGCUACAUAGAAAAUGCAUUAAGAACAUCACUUAUCAGCUACAUUGAAAAAGAGACGAUCCUGGAUUAUGAUAGAGAGGCAGAACUGGCUUUACAGAGACUCACAACAGGGGAAGUAGAUGUGAACCAGCUCACCACUGCAUGGACCAGAUCUUAUGUGGAGACUACGCUUGAGCAUGCCCGGCCUGAAGAACCCAGUUGGGACGAGGACUUUGCUGAUGUUUACCAUGAGCUGAUCCACUCCCCAGCCUCAGACACCUUACUCAACCUUGAGCACAACUACUUUGUUAGCAUCUCUGAGCUCAUCAGCGAGAGAGACAUGGAGAUUAAAAAGCUUCAGGAGAGACAGGCAGCUGAAAUGGACAAAGUGAUGCAUGAGCUGGGAAAUACUUUAAGUGACCAAGACGUGAAUACAGUGGCAUCUCAGCACUUUGAUGCCCAGCAGGUGCUGGAGAACAAGUGGGCGAAUGAGCUAAAGCAAGUAACUGGCAUUCAAAAGCAGGAGUACCAGGAGUGGGUGAUUAAACUGCACCAAGACCUGCAGAAAUCCAACAACAGCAGCAAAAUUAAUGAAGAGAUCAAGGUGCAGCCCAGCCAACUGUCUGAGCUGGCAGAUUCUGGGGCCAGGAUGUUUGAAGAACAGCCUCAGCUGGAGGAGAGCUUCACCAUACACCUAGGGGCACAACUGAAGACCAUGCACAACCUGCGGCUGGUCCGGGCAGACGUGCUGGAUUUCUGUAAACACAGACGACAUGGCAGCAGUGGUGCAAAGUUGCGACGGCUCCAGACGGCACUUUCACUGUACUCUUCAACGCUCUGUGGUUUAGUGUUGCUGGUCGACAACAGAGUCAACUCCUACAGCGGCAUUAAGAGAGAUUUUGCAACUGUCGCAAAGGAGUGUACAGACUUCCACUUUCCCUGUCUGGAAAAGCAGCUGGAGGAGGUGCAGCAAGUGGUGCUCUAUGCCAGAGCCCAGCGGAGCAGCAAACAGAAAGACCAACCUGAGAUUUCAAGAAAUGGAGGUGACGAUAAGAGCAAAAAUGUUGAAAGAAAUCCUUCCAACAUUUUACCAGGUGAGUUCUACAUUUCACGGCACUCCAACCUGUCAGAAGUCCAUGUUGUCUUCCACUUGUGUGUGGAUGACAAUGUCCGUUCAGGGAACAUCACGGCACGGGACCCGGCUAUCAUGGGCUUGAGAAACAUCCUGAAGGUGUGCUGCACACAUGAUAUCACAACCAUCACUGUCCCUUUGCUGCUGGUCCACGACAUGUCAGAGGAGAUGACCAUACCAUGGUGUUUAAAGAGAGCUGAGCUGGUGUUUAAAUGUGUAAAAGGCUUCAUGAUGGAGAUGGCCUCAUGGGAUGGCGGCAUAUCUCGCACCGUCCAAUUUUUGGUGCCAAAGAGUAUCUCCGAGGAGAUGUUUUACCAGUUGAGCAACAUGCUGCCUCAGAUCUUCCGAGUCUCCUCCACCCUAACGCUCACCUCAAAGCACUGAUGGAUAGCGGCGCACCGCACUGUAUCCCUAUGACAUAAUGGAGAUAUUUCAUUUUAAAGCACUGACGUGUUAUAAGUCUUAUGGUUUUAUACUUGUGUUUUCAGAAAAUGAAAAGAAGAUUUUGUAAAAUAGCACACACACCCCACAAAUGUGAAUCAGUUGUACAGUACAAUACAAGAAGAAAGUCAUUGAAGACUGUAGUUAUUUUGCAUUUCACACAGUUCUAUACUUCUUCCUGGAAAAGAACUGGGAUCAGUGGCUUGGCAAAGCAGCUGCUACAUUUAUCAUUUCAAGCCUCCAGGGUGGGGUUCUGGGUUUUAUGACAUCAUUACAUAAGCCACAAGUAGUGCAAGUGGUCCACGUUUUGUCCUUCAGAGCUGCAGUGUGUAACUUUCUGAAUGUUCGGGCACCAGCGUAACAGAGGCUGUUGAUGCAUUGGGCCAUUUUUGUCUUUUAGCUGAUCACUCAAGCAGAUAAAUCAGUGUGAAAAGACAAUAAUGUUUAUUAAAGUGAUGAUAUGCAAACUGUCAACUAGACAUGGAAAUGAACAUGUAUCAAACAUGCUGAUUACCACAUCGAUGUGGUGUGUGACCU